AUGCGCCUCGACGAUGCUCUUUGGGCUUACAUAACUGCUUUCAAAACUCCCAUUAGGAGAACGCCCUUCAAGCUUGUCUAUGGCAUGGCUGGUGAAGAAAGGCUUUUGGAACUACAAGAAUUGAAGGAAUUACAUCUUGAAGACUCUAAGAACUCGAGACUCUACAAGGAAAAGAAAAAGCUAAUUCACGAUAAGGGUCUUGCAAAGAAAGAGUGUAGGGUCGGUCAGAAAGUGUUGCUUUACAAUUCGCACCUCUUACUUAUGCCCGGUAAGCUUAAGUCAAAAUGGCUUAGUCCUUUUGAGACUAUUAAUGUGUUUCCCUAUGGUGUAGUUGAGAAUAGAAGCCUUGAGACUGGAAAGGAGUUUAAGGUAAACAGGCACCGCCUCAAGAUCUUCAAUGAAGGGAAAGUCAACUCACCUCGCUCGAGUUUUCUGUUGAAUUCACUCUCAAUCACUUAA